UAAAAUACCAAUUCUGGUUAUGACAAAACGAACCCUAGACCAUAGUUGGCCAAACCCCCAAUCCCCAACACCCAAACAAACACACACACUUUCUCUCUCUUUCGGUCCUUUGCUCAUCCACUGUCCACUUUCUCUCUCCUCUCGGGUUUUGGAAACCAUGGAAUUAGGGUUUUACAGCUCUCAAUUGGGUCAAAUUAAUGGCUCCUCCAACUUGGAAUUCGUCAUGUUGGAAACCCUUUUGCUCGCUGGAAAUUCUCUUGCUUGCCUUCUUCUUCUGACUGGAGCUCUCUUGGGGGGUGUUAGCAAGCUGCCUGGUUUGACUGCUAUUGAGGACAGGUUUCCUAUAGAGGAACUCCGAAAAACUGAACGACCUGGUCCUGAGAACAAAGAUGGUAGUGACACAGAGGAUGACGAUGAAGAAGAUGAAGAUGCUGUAGAGGAUCAGGAUGAUGAUGAUGAUGAGGAUUUCUCUGGAGGAGAAGCUGGGGGAGACGAUGAUGAUGAGGGUGACCCUGAGGAUGAUGAGCCAGGAGCUAAUGCUAAUGGGGAAGGAGGAAGUGAUGACGAUGACGACGACGAUGAUGACGGGGAUGAUGAUGAUGACGAUGCUGAAGAUGGUGAGGAGGAAGAGGAAGAUGAGGAGGAAGAAGAUGACCAGCCCCCUGCAAAGAAGAGGAAGUGAGAAUGCGUUUAGGGUUCAGUAGAGUUUUAGAUUUGUUUUACUUAAGCUUCCUAUGCAGGAGUUCAUUAGAGGGUGGAGGGCCUUUAGGACUAUGUCUAGUUGGAUCAGCUUAGUUAUUUCGUAUGGUGGUUUACACAUUGGUUGACAUUCGUAGCUCUAUUGUGCACUCAUUGUUGUGAUAAAAGUUUGCAGAAUUGUCUAUUAUUCUACUAUGAAUGUUACCUUUAUCGAAUUAUGAAGUACAAGCAGGUCCUUUGCUGGGUAGAGUGGUAGACAA